UCAAACCCAAAGUUGAACAAUAAUAAAAAGUAGUAGUACUCCAUAACCAAAACCUAAUAAAGAAGAAAACCCAAAUAAAGUUGGCGGCAGGCGCUUUCUAUCAUCCGUCCACGGUGGCAUUCAUUCCAAUUUCAAAUUCAUGUAAACAUUCAUGGAGGAGCAAUUCUAACAGCAAAAAUGGUAGUAAUAGUUUUGCCCGAGGUAGAAAAUCUUUAGUAAAAAUGUGUUGUACAUCUGGACAAAAUGUUCAGACUUCAGUUAAAUCACCACUUCCUAUAAUGGUGAAUGGGUGUACUGGAAAAAUGGGGAGGGCAGUUCUUGAAGCAUCAAUUUCUGCGGUACUUCAACCCGUGUCUGUAUGUUUUAGUGGUCCAGAAGAUGAAGGAAAAACUGUGUAGGCGGGCGGAAAAGAGAUAACUGUGCAUGGUCCAUCAGAUAGAGAAAACAUCCUGUCCUCUGUUUUUGAGGAACACCCGAAUCUAAUUGUAGUGGAGUACACUGUGCCUGCUGCUGUGAAUGGUGAAUGGUUGUACUGGCAAAAUGGGAAGAGCACCGGAAAGUUUUGCCUUUCCCGAGAAGUGCACACUCCUCAACGGGGACAAUUACCGAGUGAUACAGUUCCUAAUCCAAAAGGUAGUGGAGUGAACUCUGUGGAGAAUGUACUUGCCAUUAGCACCAGAAGUGGAAAAAUACUUCAGGGUGCUAAUAAAAAAGUGAUUGAUCAGGAACCAAUUGUUGAAAAAGAAACGCAGCCUAAUGUAUUGGAUGAUAUUGUCGAGGUAGAAGCAGGGGAGGAAGUCCCUAUUGUAGCCGAAGAAGAGCUGAAUCUUGAUAAACCAAAGGAACCGGUGGAAAACCAUGAAAAGGGGAAGGCAAAACUUUCCGGUGCUCUUCGCCCUUUGAGCCAAUUGUUCAAAUCUUCACUGCCUUUUCCUCAAAGACUGGUGAGAAAAAUAGAAGAUGAGAAGUGCUUGCGAUUUUAUGAUCAACUCAAGCAGUUGACGAUGAAUUUUCCGUUCAUGGACGCUGUCCAAGAAAUUCCUGGCUUUGCUAAGUAUUUGAAGGAUCUUUUAACAAAGAAGAAAAAACCAUUGAAACAUGACAUUGUGGGCAUCACUCACCGCGUUAGUGCCAUUCUUUCCAAGACCACAGUGCAAAAGAGGGAAGAUCCUGGAGCAUUCACAAUUCCAUGCACCAUAGGGCAGCAAAAUUUUGCCAGGGCUUUAUGUGAUAACGGGGCUAACAUAAAUCUUAUGCCCUUGGAAAUUUUUAAGAGAUCAGGGUUAGCGAUGCCGAGGCCAACUACCAUGAGGUUGCAGAUAGCUGACAGAUCGAUAAAAAGGUCAGUGGAGGUAGUUGAUGAUGUGCUGGUUCAAAUCGGGAAAUUUCUACUGCCGGCAGAUUUCGUGAUUCUUGAUUGUGCUAUUGAUCAAGAAAUUCCUAUUAUUAUGGGAAGACCUUUCCUUGCCACAGGGAGGGCUCUUAUGGAUUCCGAGAAGCACGAAAUAAAGUUCCGGGUGAACGAUGAGGAGGUGACUUUCCACGCAAGCAGAGGUAUGAAAUUACCUAGUCCUUAUCAAAGUAUUUCAGUCAUCAAUUCUGUUGAUGAGGUGGAUGAAGCUGUGGAAUUCAAAAUGGAGGAAGAAUGUUUGAGUGAAGCACUAUCGGCCAUCUUGGUAAAUUUUGAUGCUGAACAAAUGGAGGGAUAUACUGAGACAGAAAAUGCACUCAUCGGUCUGGGGUCUUACUCUUAUGAGCCCAAGAAACUAUCUCUUGAUUUAGAGACACGAACAACUCCUCCAGCAAAACCAUCGAUUAUUGAGCCACCGAAGUUGGAUCUCAAGCAACUUCCAUCUCAUCUUAAAUAUGUGUUUCUUGAAACGAAUGCCACCCUCCCAAUCAUUGUGUCAUCACUUCUGAAUGAGGGCUAAAUCCAAAGACUCAUCGCAGUAUUGAGAAAGCAUUUAAGAGCUUUGGGAUGGACUACGAAGAAGUUUUCUAAUGAUUUUUGAUAAAAUGCUCAACCUUAAAGAUUGUCUACAUAGUACAUACUCAGCGGGACGAGCCCAGCUCUUUUGUAUAGCAUAGGUAGGUUCCUGUGAUAUCUAUUACACAUUUCUUUAGUGGAGGGCAGAAGAGGGUGCGGAACGAGAUAAUGCUGAAUUAUACAGCAAAGUGGGAGUGCCUUUUGUGAUGGGAACAACUGGUGGAGAUAGGGAAAAGCUGUACAAAACAGUGGCAGACUCAAAAGUUGAUGCUGUGAUCUCCCCACAAAUGGGAAAGCAGGUGGUAGCUUUUCUCGCAGCCAUGGAAAUCAUGGCCGAACAAUUCCCCGGAGCUUUCUCUGGGUACAGUUUACAGGUGAUGGAGUCUCACCAAGCAAGUAAAUUGGACACUUCUGGAACUGCGAAGGCUGUUAUCUCUUGCUUUCAGAAAGUAGGUGUUUCUUUUGAUUUGGAUGAGGUACAACUAAUACGAGAUCCCGUACAACAAAUUGAGAUGGUUGGUGUCCCCGAAGAACACUUGUUCGGCCAUGCUUUCCACAUGUACCAUCUGACCUCACCAGACGGAACGGUUUCUUUUGAAUUUCAACACAAUGUUUGUGGUAGAUCUAUCUAUGCAGAGGGCACAGUUGAUGCUAUACUUUUCCUUGCUAAGAAGGUGAAGUUGAAAGAAGAGAAGCGGAUAUAUGACAUGAUCGACGUGCUGCGAGAGGGGAACCUGCGAUAACAGCUGAGUUACAUAUGCUGGGGUAGGGUGUAUAGCAUUUAGACCUCGGAAUGGAGAGAAACGAAUGGUGGGUUCAAUUUUGUUGGCUUUGGCCCUUCCAGUGGUUCUUGAUGCUUUCGGAUCUUUAGUUGAAUGACUCUUAAGAUGCAGAAAUCAAAAUAAUAUAAAGAUUCUAUUAUGACUAGUAGGUUUAGCUCCAGCCUCCAUGCAAGCAUUAUAUGUGCUUCUCUUGAAGAGCUUGUUGUAUGCUUUUUCUUCAUUUUUCAUUUGUACUACCAGAAGAGAGAAUGUUAUAAAUAGGAGGUUCCCAAUGUUUUUGAGAAGUACAAUAUUAUGUAUUGAGUUUCGGCUAUUUUUCUGUUAAGAUUAUUAUUAGUGCAUGAUUUACAUCCAA